CUCUGUUUAAAAAAAUUUUUUUUUUUUUCUCAGACCCUGAUGGGGCCACACUAUGAAUUUUGAUAUGCGAGUCCUGAUCCAGCCAUGGACAGGCUUCUAGAAUAAGAAUCAGGACUACUGUGCUAGGCCGCCGGACCACACACGCUGAUUGCUCAGGAGCGCCUUAUUCUUAGUUGGAAAAGCAACCACGGUCCCAUCCCACCGGCGCCAAGUUGCCAAUCAUUCCUCUCGGCGGGUCUGUUCUAUCCACGCUUUGCGCCAUGGCGUUGUGGUUACUCCGUGGUAGCCGCGAGUCAAACAGCCCCUCUGACCACCGGCACCUGGACCGACCAUUCUAGCAAUAAUCGAUCCAUCCGCGGAGGACAGCCCCCCGUAGUCGGUUUCAACGGAAUGAUUUUCUCGCGUAAUCCUGGACUGUCAUGUUGGCAACUCACACUAUCGCUCACCAACCAGGAUUGUGGGUGGUCGGUAGUGUGAGUAGUGUGAGUGCACCUGCACUGGCUGCUGCUUCACUGCUGCAAGUGGUCCUUGUCCGUCGGCCCUCCUUGUUCAUCGUUCGUAGGUGCAGUAGUUUCAGGCGCGAGGGGACGAUCCACGGCUUGACCCCUCUUUGUACCGCGUUGGUUUGUAGGGAGGACCCCUGAGGAUCAAACUCCGACGGCCAUGAAUAGAUAGCGAGGCGUACGUAGCUCUCUGGACGCGGUGUGAUUUCCCCCUCAUGAUGGUCAAGGAUAGCCGCUGGACCAGCUGCACGAUAGAUUAAGAUUAAUAUGCGUAGAACAAGUCAUCUGGCAGGCAGCUGCCAUCUAUGGAUGAGGCCGCGGAGGAGGAACCCAGCUCGUGCGUAUGCGGACCUGGUCAGUGCGGAACUUAUCAGAGGAAAUAGUAGAAUAAAUCCAGUGUUUAAUGCAAGCAGCA